AUGAGGCGACCACAACGCGGCCACGCUCGCUUACGGGUCGCCGAGACACGACGUCCAUUCACAACGUUCGAGAGGGCCGGUGCUGCUUGGGCAAGUCGGACUCUCGAGGGCUGCGAAUCCGGCUCGGGCGGAAGCCGGUUUGAGAGGCGGAAUGCGGCCGGAAGGCGCGAAAGCGAGGGCGCGUUACAUCGUCAUGCACACGAUUCCACCCGUGCGUAUGCAGCUUCGGCCCCCAACACCAGACCCACGUGGCGCCACUUUGACGCAGCAUGUCGCAGGUUUUGGAGCUCAGCACGGGGCGGCGCCACUGGCGGCUCCGCCCGGGGUGACUCCCCGGUUGGCGACAGCUGCGCUCACCCGUUUGGUCGGCUUGGGACGCGACCCUUACCGACCUCAGAGCAGCAGACGGGGGCGGGGCGAGAUCCCCCACAAGGGCGCCGCCCGGGAAGCUCGACGGACAUUGGGGCUCACGUCAGCAGGGACGUCAGCAGCCACCUCAGCCUGACGUCUUGGUGGGAGGCUCUGAGGCACGGGGUCUCGGUCGAACAGGGACCGAGGGCGCGGCGCGAAGCGAUGCUGUCGAGAGAUAUGACGCGUAGGGGAAGCUUGGCCUGGAGUAGUUCCCUGGAUAGGACACGUGGCAAUGACUUUGGCGGUUGCGAGAGGUCGCCCAUGUUACAAGCUGCCGCGCACGGGGCAAUAGAACCGCGAUAG